UUCAUGCAGCUGUUACGAAACAAACCUUCAUUCCUGUUGCAACUGAUGAAACCAUGGGAGUGAACAACGGAUCGGCUCUGCUGGAAGAACAACAGGAAGCAUCUACGGACAAAAAAACGAUAUCCCAGUUACUUAAGAUAAUCUACAAACCUCGCUGCGCGGCGGCUGAAGUCUCUCUGACACUUCAGCAAAUAAAACCGAAACUAUCAGCAUGUCUGGAUUCCAUCAGAGGUUGCUUCAGUCAGUACAGACAUCUGGCUCAUUACUUCUCUCUGCUCUGCUUUCUGCUCGUCAUCAUCACUCUGCUGCAGACUUUCUGCUUGGUUCAGAUCACCUUUUUGUUCCAGUCGCAGUCGAGCCUGCAGGAAACCAAACUGAGAGAUCUGACAAACCGGCUGGAGAAGCUCAACCAGUCGUACCGCCUCCUGUUCUCCCAGUAUCCAGCUCUGAACCAGUACUGCCCGGUCAGCAACUCCACCACCGGUGAGAGAGUGUGCAGUCCAUGUCCAGCCGACUGGACGCCUCAGGGAGAGAAAUGUUUCCUGUUCAGUCAGGACAGGGCCGACUGGAUCAGCAGCCAGUACCGCUGCAUGGCACUGGGGGGCGCUGUGGCUACAGUCAGGACAGAGGAGGAGCAGGAGUUUCUGUGGAAAAGGGCCCAGAGUCUGAGCCAGGGAGACUCGUACUGGCUCGGCCUGAGGAGCAAUGGUGGUGACGGGGGCUGGCAGUGGAGCGACGGCUCCCUGGUGAAGAAGGGACCAGAGUUUUGGCAACGUGAGCCUGAUAAUACAGACAGCAGGGAGCUGUGUGGUCGACUCACCCCAGGAGACAACCACAGGAUGAGCUGGUUCACCUCCAGAUGUUCCAGCCAGCUGAGGAGGAUCUGUGAGAGGAGACAAGCUGCGCUUCAGUGAGAGGAAAGGAAAGGAAAGGAAAGGAAAGGAAAGGAAAGGAAAGGAAAGGAUAGAAAAGGAAAGGAACCAACAAUAAUUACAAAGAAGCACAACAAAACCCGAUUUGUAUGAAGAAAAUACAAAACUAAGCAACUAAUAUAAGCCUCUGUGUGCUGUUGAUUUAUAUGUAUUAGCUGUUCUAUCAAUAAUUAUUAUUAAAAUAA